AUGGAAGCUCACAAGGCCCUGGUAGCCGGGGUAUCCGAGCGGGUCAAGCACUUCCACGAGACCAAGCAGGCCUUCCGGAUCUACCACGGGUCGACCAACAGCACGCGUCAGUCGCACCGGCGGGCGGACAACACGGUGGACACGAGCCAGCUGAACAAGGUGCUGUGGGUGGACGUGGAGAAGCGGACGGCGCUGUCGGAGCCCAACGUGCCGCUGGGCCAGCUGCUGGAGGCGACGCUCAAGCACGGGCUGGCGCCGCCGGUGGUGAUGGAGUUCCCCACCAUCACCGUCGGCGGCGGCUUCUCCGGCAGCUCGGGCGAGAGCAGCUCCUUCCGGCACGGCGCCUUCGAGGCCACGGUCGAGAGUAUCGAGGUGGUCCUGGCCGACGGGACGGUGACGACGGCGUCGCGCACCGAGAGGCCCGACCUGCUCUGGGGCGCCGCCUCGGCCUUUGGCACGAUCGGCGUCGUCACCCUGGUCGAGGUCCAGCUGCGGCCGGUCAAGCCCUACGUGGAGAUGCGCUACCUCCACUGCGCCACGCCGGAGGAGUACGUCGACCGCAUCGCCGUCGAGGCCGCCAAGCCCGACGUCGAGUUCCUCGACGGCAUCGUCUACGCCCGCGACUCCACCGUCAUCUGCUCCGGCCGCUUCGCCGACGAGGUGCCGCCGGGAAGGAAGGCGGUGGGCUUCACCCGCCGCUUCGACCCUUGGUUCUACCUCCGCGCGCGGGAUGCCGAGAAGAGGCUCGUCAGGUCUGCUGCCAAGAAGGCUGCUGCUGCCGCCGCUGCCGGCACCGGCACCUCCGACAAGGACGGGGUACAGGAAGAGGUGGUCGACUACAUCCCCAUACGCGACUACCUGUUCCGGUAUAACCGCGGCGGGUUCUGGAUGGCCCGGUACGCCUUCGGCUACUUUCUCACGCCGUUCAACCGGCUGACGCGCGGGCUGCUGGACCACUUCAUGCACACGUCGGUCAUGUACCACGCCAUGCACAAGAGCGGCAUGCACGACAUGUACGUGAUCCAGGACGUGGGCGUUCCGUACGGCCAGGCCCCGGAUUUCCACCGUUGGCUCGACGAGACCUACGCCAUCUACCCGCUCUGGCUGUGCCCGCUGCGCAUCCGCCGCGACGCGGCCGACUCGGCCCACGGGCUGCACGCCCAGUUCGCCGACCCGACCAAGACGCCGGAGACGCUGCUCAACUACGGCGUGUGGGGUCCCGUGUCGGGGACGCGGGCCGACAUCGUGCGCAAGAACCGGCUCCUCGAGCACAAGGUGCAGCAGUGCCAAGGCAAGAAGUGGCUCUACAGCCACGCCUACUACACCGAGCAGGAGUUCUGGUCCCACUACGACCGCGACGCCUACGACGCCGUGCGCGUGCGCUACGGCGCCCACGACCUCCCCUCCGUCUACCAAAAGGUCCGCGUCGACUACCAGGCCGAGGAGGCCGCGCUGGCCGACAGGCCGGUCAAGGCCUUGCUGUGGAAGAUCUGGCCCAUCAGGGGUCUCUACGGCGUCUAUUGCGCCUGGACCGGUGGCGAUUAUCUCCUCGAGAAGAAGAAUGACGGCAAGACAAAGGAGAAGAAGAAGGAGAAGAAGAAGGAGAAGAAGAAGGAGAAGAAGAAGAAGGAUGAUGAGGGCAGUGUGCAGGAUACGACGACGACGACGACGACGAUGACGACGACGACGACGCCGAAGCCACCGCAAUCUGCCGAGGCGUCUGGGGAUGUAGCUGGCGAUGCGUCUGGCGAUGCACCCACAGGAAAACCUGUCGAUACGCCCGCCGCUACGUCUGCCGCUAAGGCGUGA